AUGAAUAUUUUGACUUUGUUUCUAACUAUUCCAUAUUUUCUGGUAGUGUCUGAAUGUUGUAUGCGAAUGGUUCCACCAGAUGAUGUAUAUAUUCCAAGUACAUUGGCUCCGGAAGAGAGCACACUGGCUCCUGGAGAGAUCACAAUGGCUCCUGGAAGUGUGUCUACUCCAGAGACCUCCGAGGAAACCGAGGCGCCUGAGGUAACGAUGAUGACAACAAUUGCAAUGGAAUCAACAACAGAAGAAGUAUGCCCAACAUCUACAACCAAGUGCCCAGAUUUAACAACAGUGGUUGAGGCGCCAAUGAUGGUCGAAGUGGUGGAUGGCUGCGUUGUUUUAUCUUGCCCUGUAGGCACAUUGCCAUAUGGUACUGGUUCAUUUGAUGGAAGCGAACUAACAGAUGUCGCAAUACCUGGAGUAGCUAAAUUUGCAAUUCGAGCACCAUUGUCAUCGGAUGAUUUAAAUGGCAUAACUAUAAAUGAUUACUAUGGACUUUUAUGUGAAAACAAUAAGUUGACGGCCUCGAAAUAUCCACGUGGAAUUUUUAUUGGUUUCUCGCUUGUGGGCGAUGAUGGCUCAUUGAAUGGGAAAAAAGGACCCAUCGCAACUUUGUAUGCAACUGAUGGUUCAAACAGAAUGGCUCAAUGUGAUGAUAUUUUGUAA